UGUAGUCGCAACGCAGUUGAUGCGUGUGUGUGGUAGUUCGUCGGUGCGUCGCAAUGGUUAUCUGCGCAGUUGUUGGAUGCUCCAACCGCACUUGUUGGGCGAAAUCAACAAAUACAAACUUCUUUCGUCUUCCAAAGAUCAUCGGACAUCAAGGUGACCGUACGAGAGAGUUAUCCGCGAAGCGACGGGGUCUGUGACUGGCUCGGAUAAAACGCGCCGACCUCAACACUGAAAGAACCAGCAUACGUGUUUGUGGCGCGCACUUCGUAAAAGGCAGACCAUCAAAACUGUGGCAGGAGGCGGACCCGGACUGGGCCCCUACGCUUUUGCUCGGCUACAGCGCAAAACGUGGAGAUCCCGGACGACGCCACGCUCGCGCGGCAGAACGAAGGAACCAGGUGCGGGAAGCUCAAGCACAGCAUGCAGCCGAGGCAGCGGAGGCGACGAAGCCGGACGACCUUACCGCUUCUCAGUUGCCCGCGCCGCGUACGGACGACGCAGUCGGCGUAGAAGACGGUGAAAAAGGGAUUGUAGUCCAGACGGACAUGACAAUGGGCGACCUCGAAGCAUUGGAGAAGGAGUGUGUGUCCCUCAAUGAGCGUCUCUACGCUGCAAGGAAUGAAAACAAGCUUCUGGAACUGACAGAAGACGCCCUCAAAUGUAGCGACAGAAAGGUUGCACACUACACUGGCAUGGCAAAUUUCACAAUCCUUUAUGCACUGUUUGGCGUCAUCGAGAGAUUUGUGUCACACAAUGCGAAAACCAGUUUGCCGAAGUUCCAGGAAUUCCUGCUCUUCAUCAUGAAGUUGAAGCUAAAUUUGCAGAUUACUGACCUCGCUUUCAGGUUUAUUGUGUCAGAUGCCACAGUGUCACGCAUAUUUGGCAAAUGGCUGCAUGCUGCGUACUGCCGUCUAAAGUCUCAAAUUGUGUGGCCACAACGCAGUGCUCUGCAACGCACAAUGCCACAAGCAUUUUACGAUUCUUUUGGAGAAAAUGUUGCAGUCAUAAUUGACUGUUUUGAGAUAAAGAUAGAGAGACCAUCUUCGUUUCUGCCCAGAAGUGAAACAUGGUCCCAGUACAAAGGUAGUAACACGGCAAAAUAUUUAAUUGGCAUUGCACCACAAGGUAUUGUCAACUUCACUUCUGAAGGCUGGGGAGGACGCACUAGCGACAGGCACAUAACUGAGCACUGUGGGCUUUUAAACAACACACUUCCAGGUGACGUAGUGCUUGCAGACCGAGGGUUCAAUGUGUCUGAAAGUGUUGGGUUUUACUGCGCUAAACUUCAUGUACCAGCGUACACUAAGGGGAAGAAGCAACUUUCCGCAGCAGACGUUCUGAGCACUAGGAAACUAGCAAAUGUAAGGAUCCACGUUGAGAGGGUGAUCGGGCUAAUCAGAAAUAAUUAUGUUAUCCUGAAGGCCACGCUGCCCAUUGACUAUGUGGUUGGCAGACCUGAAGACAAUUUGACACCUCUUGACAAGAUUGUUACGGUUUGCUGCGCCCUUUCCAAUCUAUGCCCUUCAAUAGUUGCAUCUCUAAGAGAGUGUAACAGUGACUAGGUCUAUCUCUCGGUUGGGCAAAGAUGAUGAAAGUUAUGGGGCCGAAUCCCUCUGAGGAACUUACUUGAAUAUGUUGCCUUAAAGAGUGGAUUCGAAUAAGUGUGUUGUGCUAGCCAUUAAAAUAGCUGCAAAGUUAUGCAGAACAUUGUUUCUGUGUGGUUGUUCUUAAAAUUGCAUUGUUCCUCUGUAAAAUUGCACUCUUCGCAUGGCAAAGAUGAAAUGGUUAACCUGAGACAGUAAAGUUUCAAGAUUCACAUUGUUCCUUUUUAAAAUAUUUUGUCUCUCUAUGCCUUACAUGUACCAUGCUUUGUGCCCUGUAUUGGUUAUACACCUUUUGCAGGUACUAAUCUGCAUCACUGCGCAUAAUGCAAAAUCAUCAGAUGCGAACAUUUCAAUUUAGUGAGUGUUGUGGAUGAAAACCAAUUAAAAUGUUUUUUACAAGUUGAAUCUUGAAUACAUAUUUGUAUUCUGGUGAUUACCAGUUGCAUGUGUUUAUGGCUCUCACUGACGCUGGUAAUGUGUGGAGUGUUUACAUACGAAACACCAUGACCUAGAAGGGUUGAAGAAUAAAGCGUCUUUUUUUAGAAA